AUGACUGAACCAGCCCACACCGAUCCGGUUAUCCGCCCUGUCUCACGGUUUUCGACCUCUACGUCUAUCAGGAUGGCGAACACUCAGGGGCAUAGCGGAGAAGUGGUUCCCAUGCCAAAGUGGUCCAGAAUAGUCGGCUUUGCUAGAGUUGCUCUUGCAAUCUUGGUUCUGGCAUUCACUGCCGCAGCUACUUCCAUCUGGGGAAUUUAUCCUGCCUUUGGGAUUGCGCUUUUCACUUCGUGUGCCACUCUCUUGAUCUUUAGCUACUAUAUUGUAGCCUUGUCGCAUAAACCUGAAUUGUACAGUCGCUGGGCUGUCCUUGGCCUCGAAGUUUUCGGCGUCGUCUUCUGGCUGGUCAGUUUCUCCCUUUUGGCCAACUUCACAAGCUGGUACAACGAAAGCGACUUCUGGUACGGCGCGGGCGAUAGCUAUGGCUUUUGGAAAGCUCCCUACACCCCCGAAGAUGUUGGUUUCUCGAAGAGAGCUAGAGUGGGGAAGUCCCAUAGCAAAUACCACGCAGGUGUUGCUCUAGCCGGAACUGCUGCUGGUCUUGGAGCCCUUGAAUUCGUUCUCUACUCCGUGACCCUACUUGUCUUCGGAUUAGCCCUUCACAAGCAGCGAGUUGAAGCGAGGCCUGGGCGCACAGUCGCUGCUGUUCCUGCAUCAGCACAGCCAUCAGCGAAGGAAGAGACUGAGGCUGUUGGAUCAAAGCUAGAAACCACGACAGAGAUUGUCUGA